CACUUAGAAGAAAAAUUACCAUGUCUGAAAAAUUCCAACUUCAUUUUGGUUACAAUGAAGUGCUGGACAUUCCACAAGCUGCCAAAAAUAUACAACUACACACAAUUGUAUCAUCGCAGAUUAUUUUAGCCCUAUCACAAGGAGAUAUAGCUUUCUUUUUGACGAAAAAUAUACCGACGGGUUCGCCACAAACACCCGAUUUGAUUCAUAUUGGCGGUUCCAUUUUCACAUGGAGUCUACAUUCCAACAACCUUUCUAUAGCAUGUGCUGGUCCUUUGAACUCUACAGUUCACGUUACGAUUUUAUGUAAGUCACCCCAAGUAGAUCAUCGUGUGAAUGUGACAUACUCAUUGCCAGAAACAGUAACAGAACACAUAGCAACACCAACUUAUAAUAUUAAACCACCUGAGACAGCAGCAGCUGAUGACAAACUUGCCAAAGAAAUUGAUCCAACUACUGCAUCGGGUAACGCUGAAAUAGAACACGAUAAUGAAAUACAUGACCAAAUAGACGAUAUAGGAUUACGCUUCCCAUCAACAAAAUUGAUUCCAAAUUUAUUAAGGGUUAAUCCCGUCCACACAAUGGGCAGAUUCACAAACGCUGACCCAGUUAGUUUCAUCAAAGGUGAAAAGGCUAACGAACUUAAUCCACACAAACAAGCCAAAGACUAUUCCAAUACAGUUAAACCUCCACGUGCUAAAGGCAACCUCAACACGGGGACAACGUUAAUGAGCGACGCAUCUUACGAUCACUACAAGAACAUAAAGACUCCCGCAAUGCCACAAGGCGUGAGGAAGAUUAUAGUGUUACAAAAACCUGGGGGACAAGCAACAACAGUUGCAAAUAAAGUGAUAAGAUUUCUACCUGAAGAUACAACUCAUAACUCAAGAGCUAGCACAUCCAGAUUCACGUUAACAUCGAAACCAUACACAAAAACAACAAGUGAUACUGAACAGCGAAGUGAUAAUGACCUAACGUCGUUACUGGAAGGUCAAGAUGAAGAUGUUUAUAGAUGGAGGAGAGACAUUGAAGGGUUCUGUAGUUCUUCUUGCGAUUCAGGUGUGAAAGUCCCAUACGUAAUUUGUGAGGACCGUUAUGGCAACAAAGUUGACAAUUCGUUUUGUGAUCCAUCACGUCGUCCAUUACCCACCAAACAAGUAUGUAAUGGUGUACCAUGUAAACCCAGGUGGGAAACUGGAGCAUGGGGACCCUGUUCUGCGACGUGUGACAAAGGUCUGCAAAACCGUCCAGUUCAUUGUUGGUUGAUCAUAGCACCAGGUAUGCGCAGUUCCCUGCAUGACGUCAUGUGUGAUUCCGCAGAGAAACCCUCUACUGAACGCCAAUGCCAGGUCCUGCCUUGCACCCCUACUUGGUUCAUAUCCGAGUGGAGUGAGUGUUCAACAGAUUGUGGCCCCGGAUACAAGAGACGCACGGUGUGGUGUUCAGGAGAGAUUUGCACUGGGAAACGGCCCAAGGCGCAUGGACAUUGUCUUGGGAAGAAGUGUGAGGGGGUUCAAUGGUCACCAGGCCCAUGGGAAAAGUGUGAUGGGAAAUGUGGAAAGGGAUUUAGACACAGAGGACUACAUUGUACCACAAUUGGGGGCAGACUGCUGAAUGAAAGAAGGUGUCCAAGUAAUGAGAAACCAUUGACAAUCGAGGCGUGUUCCACGACGUCUGCUUCAUGUCCAGAUGCAUUAUGGGUACCACAGGAAUGGGGUGCGUGUUCUGUCUCAUGUGGCGAUGGUGUUACAACCAGGAAAGUGAUAUGCAGCAGAGUUGCAAACGAUACAUUCGAAGUCCUUGACAAAGAAGAGUGCAAUAUUGUGGACAGACCUUCAAACAUUGCACGAUGUCGCCAGCAGCCAUGCGCACCAGGAUGGGCAACGACAUCUUUUGAUGACUGUCCAAAGGAUUGCGGAUCAGAGGUUAAAUACGCAAUGCGUUACGCAGUGUGCUUACAAAAUGACGUCAUAUCCACGAGAUGCAAGCCCAAUACCCAACCACGUAUCUACGAGAAAUGCCCCGUUAACAAAUGCAAAGAGGUAUGUGAGGACCUUCCAGGAAAUAAGUGCAAAUUGGUAUCUGAACUAAACCUCUGUGCCGUAUAUGGGAAGAAAUGCUGCAAAUCCUGCUCAAGAUCCUUGAAAAGGCUCCAAUAAGUUAAACAUAUACUUUGGAUUGGCCCAGUACAUUGGUUCCGCUACGAUCUUUGCCUGUCUUCAAUGGAUUGAGAAGGGAAGACAAAGUAAAAUAGUGUAUACGAAAUAAUAUCACUAUAGGGAUGAUGGUCCCCUGUCUAUAUGGUCCAUACUUGCCGCAAUUGAGUAUAAACUAAUGAAGGAAGGACUUAGAUGUCACUUUAUCAAUCAACGGAGAAGGGGGGGGGGCUAUAUUUGACCAAAUUACUUUAACACUGGUGAUCUCUGCAACAUUAUAUAUAUUAUUUAUACUUGCAUUUAAAUACGUGACAUAAUGUUUUGUAAAAAAAAUGUUAUUUGUAUUUAGAUAUAUCUCACAAUGUAACAGUACGCGACUUUACUAACAUGUGACGUUUUCACGUCCGAUAUAUGACAACAUAACGAUAGACGCAUACACAAUAAGGGGGUUUAAGCUAGGACACUUUUGAGACUUUGUAGCCUACUCAAACAGGUAGAAUCAUGGUUCUCCUUGGAUAAGAUUCCCCUGCCUGACUUAAUAUAAAGGUAUGAGAGAACAAUAUAAUUGUAAUAAGGUCACUGGAGAAAAAAUCGAGAGGGAGAAGGGCCCAGACAGUAAUGCAAGGGCGUCAUACCAUUACGUUCACGUUCUCUUGGAAAAAAUAGCGUAUCUUCCUUAAUAUUGUUGUAUAACAUCUAUCGCUUAUACAAAAAUACAGUACUCGACAAAGCUAACCUGACAGGUCGGUUUGACAUGCUAUGAUAUAUAAAAAAUAUAGUCAUGCAUUUAACGAAAUCUGUGAUAUUUAUGAAAAUGACCAGCUAUACUAUAUUGUGCGUCUUAUUUAUUAUAAAUAUAUGUGAUUCUUUAGAUGUAUACGCCCCAUCCAUGCCAUCAUAAGUGUAGAAUUUUCGUGAUCAUGCCAUAAUUUGGACCUUACUACACAUACGAAUGUCAAAUCCCAUCAAAACUAUUCCAACCUAAGUUGAAAUUGUUGACUUGACUUUCAUUUGAAAGAUCCUAAUGCCCGAGUCGCUUUUGCCCCGAUUCAUCGGCCUGCGUAUUUUCAAAAUUGUAAUUCCGUUUUGAACAAAACACCCAAAUCGGCUGGGCGCCGACCGAUGAAUCGGAAUUGAUGUGACUCAAGCAUAACGCCAACGAAAUACUAUGGGUUCACUGCAAAGCCUUAGAU